AUGGAUUCGAGCACCGCUUCAUACAUCAGUGUCACUGGCGAUGUUACAUCUGAUAACGGCCUUAUGAAUAAUGACAUGACCACCGAAAAUGCUAUGGAGCAUGAAUAUGAUGAGUGUGAAGUUCCUCAUGAUUUGGAUCGACGCUGGUAUUUAGUGGCUGUUGCUGGAACAUCGUUGAGUUUUAUCAGCUUGUUCUCGAAUUUACUCAUCGCCAAAACGUUGCUCUCGAAACGACGAAGUCACUUCUUCUUUUUGGGUCUUCUAGCGUGCAGUGACUGUUUUUUGUCGUUUUGUUACGGGCCUGUGAUUGCUAUGGAUAUCAUUAAAAAUCGUGUUCAGGUCAGUUCAACGCAAUGUUUUUUUCGGCUGCUUUUCUGUUUCCCCAAUCAAAUUUCAUACCUAUCCAAUGCAACCUGA